GUUUAACAUUAUGGAAGGGAUGUUAAAUUGCAAACUCUGACCGAUCGACAUAAAUACGACGGCUUACUAGCGUGCGUUACCAGUACCUAACACACCAUCGAACAACCCGACAUCGUCACGAGAACACAAGUCAAAACGUACAAAUAAAAUGGCCGCCAAGGUAUAUAUUGCUUAACGAUUAAAAAAUUCGUGUUCAACUCACACAUGAAUAACAAUAAUCCAAUACGUUCGGCCGAAUACUAAUUACUUUAAUUUUAUAUUUUUUACUACCAAAAAUUUAAGAUAAUAUCAAUUAGUUUUUAUAGAUAAAUUGCAUCUGAUUGAACCGGUACAUGGAUCCACCGAUCUCAAAGGAAUGCUAUCUAACUAAUAGCCUUUUAUUUUUAAAAAUUCGCUGUUUAUAACCUCGCCUAUAACCUAUAACGUUGUCUAACAUCACCGUGCAUUUCAGAUGAUCAUUCUCGCCGCCUGCGUGGCCGCCGCCGUCGCCCAAUACGCCGCCCCGGCUUACCCAGCACCGGCUUACUCCGCACCAAAGGCCUACGCCCCGGAGCCCGCGUACGCCCCGGCCCCGUACAGCUUCGAAUACAGCGUCAACGACCCGUCCACCUACGACGUCAAGAGCCAAUCGGAAUACAGCGACGGCAAAACCGUCAAGUGAUACUACAGCCCGAUCGAAGCCGACGGCAUCAAGAGGAUCGUCGAAUACACCGCUGAAGACUACGGUUUAAACGCGAAAUUCAAGAAGGAAGGCACCCCGUCUUACUCCGCCCCGGCUUACAAAGCCGCCCCAGCCUACAAACCGGCCUACUCAGCACCCGCAUACCCAGCACCAGCUUACCCAGCACCCGCAUACUCGGCACCCGCCUACAAACCAGCCCCGUACAAGGCAUACUAAUCGCCGACCACUUCGUUCAAACNCCCAGCACCGGCUUACUCCGCACCAAAGGCCUACGCCCCGGAGCCCGCAUACGCCCCGGCCCCGUACAGCUUCGAAUACGCCGUCAACGACCCGACCACCUACGACGUGCACAGCCAGGCCGAAUCCAGCGACGGAAAGACCGUCAAGGGAUACUACAGCCUGAUCGAAGCCGACGGCACCAAGAGGAUCGUCGAAUACACCGCUGACGACUACGGUUUCAACGCCGAGGUCAAGAAGGAAGGCACCCCGUCUUACUCCGCCCCGGCUUACAAAGCCGCCCCAGCCUACAAACCGGCCUACUCAGCACCCGCAUACUCAGCACCCGCAUACCCUGCACCAGCUUACCCAGCACCCGCCUACAAACCAGCCCCGUACAAGGCAUACUAAUCGCUGACACCUUCAUUCAGACUUUUCAUUACAAACCCCCGCAGUCGUUGAUAAGCUGAAAUUUCCGUUAUAGAAACAGUACAGCUCAUAUUCCAUUCCGACAACAUCGGAAUGAACAACGUUUAAUUUAUUGUUGGUUAAUUUAUAAAUAAAUUAUUAAUUCAACAUAUUAAAUAUUUUGAAUCGUGU